CCCCUCCCCACACCACUGGAGCAGCAAACGGGGCGAAAAACGAACAGCUCGUCACUUGGACUUGGAAAUCGAGGCUAAAAGAAAAUGGGAAGUCUAGGCCGUGCGAUCUACACCGUCGGAUUCUGGAUCCGCGAGACUGGGCAGGCCCUCGAUCGCCUGGGUUGUCGUCUUCAAGGCAAUCACUACUUCCGGGAACAGCUGUCGAGGCAUCGGACAUUGAUGAACGUGUUUGAUAAAGCUCCAUCGGUGGAUAAGGACGCGUUCGUUGCUCCGAGUGCCUCUGUUAUUGGCGAUGUUCAGAUCGGUGGAGGAUCCUCCAUUUGGUAUGGAUGUGUUCUACGAGGGGAUGUGAAUGGCAUCAGUGUCGGAUCCUGGACGAACAUUCAAGACAAUUCCCUUGUGCAUGUUGCUAAAUCCAACAUAAGUGGGAAGGUUCUUCCUACUAUUAUUGGGGACAAUGUCACAAUAGGUCAUAGUGCUGUUCUUCAUGGCUGUACCAUCGAGGACGAGGCUUUUGUUGGCAUGGGAGCUACACUACUUGAUGGUGUAGUGGUUGAGAAGCAUGCCAUGGUUGCUGCCGGUGCCCUCGUGAGACAGAACACGAUAAUCCCUUCGGGAGAGGUAUGGGGAGGAAACCCGGCAAGGUUCUUGAGAAAGCUAACGGACGAGGAGAUAGCAUUCAUCUGCCAGUCAGCGACCAACUAUUCGAAUCUCGCUCAGGUCCAUGCAGCUGAGAACGCGAAGCCAUUCGACGAGAUUGAGUUCGAGAAGGCUCUCCGCAAGAAGUAUGCUCGUAAGGACGAAGAUUACGACUCUAUGCUUGGCAUUGUCCGUGAGACUCCUCCCCAGUUGAUUCUUCCCGACAAUGUCUUACCUGGUAAAGCCUCCUCCAACAAUGUUCCUGCUCCCCAGAACUGAAUUCCUUUUUUCGGGUUUUCUUCUUUAAUAGUUUCGAGACGGAAUCUUGGAAUGAUCAAGAGAUAUUUGCUUUUGGGUUUUUCGCCCGAGCAAUUUAGGGAAUGUGAUCCUUCUCUUCAAUAAUGCAGAAAAGAACCUUGUACCACUAGAUCUGUAGGGUUCAUUGUGAAUCUUUUGGUUGAGGAACAAAUGCACAAAAGCAGCUUGGAUGUCUUUUUUAGCUUA